UAAAUUGGCAGUACGACGCGAGUUCUUGUCAGGUGUGGAUCGUUCGCGUUUCACAGAGUAGCUUUGGAAAAAACGAACGUAGAAUAAAACAGAAUUAAUGAAAAAAAAUAUUCAUGCGAGCCUCUCGCCGGAUGUUAGCAGCUCAUUGUAGAAAAAAAGAGAUUUUUCAAAACGAGAGUCGAAUAGAAAUUCGAAAGCUAGAAGAAAAAGAGUUUCAAAGAGUGCUUCCAUAUUUUCUUAAGCCCGAAUGAGAGGAUUUUUUUAGUGCAAGAAAAAGUUGAGGUUUUACGGUAAAGAUAUUCGAAAAAACGUGGAGAGCGAAAGUGACUCUUGCGACCGAAAAGGCCGUGGCGUAAAAACUAGACACGAGGGGAGGCUGUGAACGAGAUCUUGUACCGGAGAGACGGAAAAGCAGACAAGCUCAAAUAAAAAAAAUUCGAGUUUUGCUCAUUUCCUUGCCCUCCGGGACCCUCGUACGAGUAGAGUACGCUCCACACUUUAUUUAGGGCUCGUUUCGUUUCUACAAACGGAAAUCCAGGGUGAUCAAGCGAUAGACGAGAUAAAAGGCCGCGAAGUGGAAGCUCUGAAAAGUCGUUACGGUGUCAUGAGAGGCGGUUUCACGAUCCGCUUUUCUUGUCGGUCCCUGAAAGAGUCAUGCAUGUCGCGCCCUUCAAACGAGCUACCGUGGGACAUGAUCCGGAAACGGUCAAUAUCAGCCAGUUGCAACAGCAGGGAAACGGAGGUACGAGGUGGCUUAGCGAGACAGGAGAGGGGAGGAGGAACGAGGCGAACGUUUGUAAAAGCCGAGGGCCGAGACGCCAGCAGGAGGCACAAGUGCAUAAUGAAGAGAAUGCGAAUGAACAGGACGAGAGGCAGGAGCAACAAGAGGUGCAAAAAAAAUACGAGAAACAAGUGUUCAACGGUUGUAUGGGAGGGAGCGACGAAAACGGUGGGUGUGGAGGGAACGGAGGGCUGGAGGGGCCGGACCCAGAGGCGGACGACGCUGUUCACCUCAAGAGACGGGUGGGACUCGUCAGUGGGGUGGCUCUAAUCGUCGGGACGAUGAUCGGUUCCGGAAUAUUUGUAUCGCCUUCGGGUUUGCUCGUUAGGACUGGAAGUAUCGGGGUUAGUUUUCUCGUAUGGACCGCCUGCGGUAUUCUGAGCUUGUGCGGUGCACUAGCUUAUGCCGAGCUGGGUACGAUGAAUACGAGCAGCGGUGCCGAGUACGCCUACUUCAUGGAUGCGUUUGGCGCGCCACCGGCCUUUCUCUUCUCAUGGACAUCGACCCUGGUAUUGAAACCAUCGCAAAUGGCAAUAAUAUGCUUGUCCUUUGCACAAUACGCGGUCGAGGCGUUCGCCGCUGAGUGUGACCCGCCCCAGGAACUCGUUAAGCUCGUAGCUCUCCUGGCGAUCGUCCUCAUACUCCUCGUCAAUUGUUACAGCGUUAAUCUUGCGACUGGAGUACAAAAUGCUUUUACAGCGGCAAAGCUUAUCGCCAUAUUGGUCAUAAUAGUCGGCGGCUCGUACAAACUCGUACAGGGCAACACCCAGCAUCUGCAGCACGCUUUCAAAACUAUGGACGGCUCCGAUACCGUCAAUAUCGGCCGCUUAGCUACCGCUUUUUACACCGGUCUGUGGGCCUAUGAUGGCUGGAACAAUCUCAAUUACGUCACUGAAGAAAUCAAGGAUCCCUCGAAAAAUCUGCCGAGGUCAAUCAUGAUUGGGAUUCCUCUCGUUACCAUCUGCUAUGCUCUCAUCAAUGUCUCGUACUUGGCUGUUAUGUCACCGAGCGAAAUGAUUGACAGCGAAGCCGUUGCUGUGACCUUCGGCAAUCGAAUCCUGGGAGUGAUGGCCUGGUUGAUGCCACUGUCUGUGGCAGUGAGCACCUUUGGCUCAGCGAACGGAACUCUUUUUGCUGCAGGACGUUUGUGUUUCGCAGCUUCUAGGCAAGGCCACCUCCUCGAUUGUCUGAGCUACGUCCACGUGCGUCGUUUCACGCCUGCACCUGGGCUCAUUUUUCAUUCGCUGGUAGCAGGCGGAAUGGUCCUUUCCGGAAACAUCGAUUCGCUCAUAGACUUCUUCUCCUUUACCGCUUGGAUAUUUUACGGCGGUUCGAUGCUGGCUCUUCUCGUCAUGCGUCGCACCCGACCGAAUCAUCCGAGACCCUACAAAUGCCCCCUCGUAAUACCCAUCCUAGUGUUGGGCAUAUCAGCGUACCUGAUAGUAGCACCGAUCAUUGACAAGCCACAAAUUGAAUAUUUGUACGCGGCCGGAUUUAUCGGAGCAGGAAUGUUCUUCUAUCUACCCUUCGUUAAAUACGCAUACGUACCAAAAUUUAUGGAGGCAGUUAAUGUUUUUCUCCAAAUGUUGCUGGAAGUCGCACCGACGGCAGCAGCGUACGAUUGAUGGUCAUCAGUUGUCAGUAUUUACCCCAGAGCUGCUCUUUGUUUGGUGCUGCGGAUUCAUCGAUGGAACACAUCCACAAACAUACCCCAAAACACACACCUACACGUAACACAGUUCAACCAGAUGCCGAAUCAUUCCAUUAUGGCGUCCGGUUACUGUAGAGAAAAGAACAGAGAAAAUGAAAAAAAAUCAAUAUAUUUAUUUUCUAUUUACAACGUAUAAUGAAUAAAAUACACAUCUACAAUUACAAACAAAAACAACAAAUAUACGAGUUUCCACAUAUUGUCUGUGAGCUCCGAUUCAUUUCGGAGAUUGAUUUUUAACAGAAGGAAAAGAAAAAGAAAACAUUAUGAAAAAGAAUAAAGAACAAAUAUUAUUUUAUUACUGGUUGUUCUUCGGAUAGUAUAAAGACGAGAGAGAAAGAGACCAUUGUUGUUUUUAGCGUAUAGCUAAAUUGAACGUUGUGAAAACAACAAUAAAAAAAGAUGGAACAUA